AUAUUUUCGCGAUUUCCUACACCAGAAUCUAGGCUCUGCCCAACACUUGCAGUCAUAUCAGACGAAUAAUUAGAAAAUUUAUCAAUUAAAAUAUGACGGAACUUCUUAUUGACCCAGAUAUUCGCGUUUGGGUGUUUCUUCCCAUCGUGUUAAUCACAUUUUUGGUGGGCAUCGUCCGCCACUACGUCUCCAUUCUGAUCUCUACACAAAAGAAGGCCGAAAUCACCCAGAUCCAGGACAGCCAAGCGAUGAUUCGGGCGAGGCUGCUUCGUGAAAACGGCAAGUACCUAAGUGCCCAGAGCUUUUCCAUGCGGAAGAACUAUUUUAACAACGAGGAGACGGGCUACUUCAAGACCCAGAAACGCGCACCCGUGGCCCAAAAUUCCUCGGCUAUGCUCACGGACAUGGUGAAGGGCAACUUCAUCAAUGUAUUGCCAAUGGUCAUCAUCGGCGGAUGGAUCAACUGGAUGUUCUCGGGCUUCGUCACUACCAAGGUUCCAUUCCCGUUGACACUGCGCUUUAAGCCAAUGUUGCAGCGAGGCGUAGAGCUGGCCUCCCUGGAUGCCGCAUGGGUGUCAUCGGCCUCUUGGUAUUUCCUAAAUGUGUUCGGCUUGCGCUCCAUCUACACAUUGGUUCUCGGCGAGAACAACCACGCCGAUCAGACACAGGCCCAGGCUGAUGCCAUGACCGGUGCUGCAAUGACGAUGCCCCAGGACCCCAAGGCGGCCUUCAAGGCCGAGUGGGAGGCACUCGAGAUCACCGAGUACCAUAGCGCAUUGAAGAAUAUCGACACCGACAUGCUAGCCAUUGCCACCGGCAAUGCUGCCCCGGCUAAGAGCUCUUGAUCAAUUAGUCGCAAGUGUCCAGCCUAAUUAAGAUAUUUUAGCAAAUUUCUAAUUAACAAAACCAAUUUUGUUUAGAGUCCAAGUGGGUUAAUAAACGAUGUGUGUAUGUGACAAA